CUCAGGCUCACUCUCUCCUCUGCUCCAGCCUCUCUCUCUGUCCCACACACACUCGCACUGACCGCUCUCAUUACGCACCAUGCGUACCUGUCUGGAGCUACUCUACCACCCCGUGCUGGAUUUUACCAAUGCAUCAGGCUGAUAUCGACACAGACAGCUCGCUGAAAGGAUAUUCCGACCCAACGCAGAUUUUUCUUCUUCUCACUGAGCGGAGAAAGCCGACCGCCGCUGCUUAAGGAUUUUGAAUAGCGGGCCGUGCCAUGAGAUUUGACCUUCGCGUCUGAGCCAACAAGUCCAACAGUCGUUUGUGUUUGCGUCCUGUGUGAACCGGAGCCACGGUCCGACCAUGAGGAGCAGCUCUCGUGUCCUGCCUCUUGGUGUGCUCACGGCUCUGCUGCUGUCUCAGUUCUGCUCUGGCAUCAAAUGGCUAGCACUGUCACACGCUCCUACAUCUUUACACAUCAAUCAGACCCAGCACUGCAAGCUGCUGCCUGGCAUGGUGUCGUCCCAAGCUCAGCUGUGCCGGAGCAAUCUGGAGCUCAUGCAAACUAUUAUCCAAGCUGCCCGCGAAGUCAAGAAAACAUGUCAGAAGACCUUCGCUGAUAUGCGCUGGAACUGCUCCUCCAUCGACAUCCCCGUUAAUGCGCCAAAGUAUCGUCCGGACCUCGACCGAGGAACAAGGGAGGCUGCAUUUGUCUAUGCCUUGUCUGCAGCAACCAUCAGCCACACCAUAGCACGAGCGUGUACUACUGGGGAUUUACGGCUGUGCUCAUGUGGCCCCAUUCCAGCGCAGAUCCCAGAGCCGGGCUAUCGCUGGGGCGGCUGUGCUGACAACCUGCACUAUGGUCUGAUGAUGGGCUCCAAGUUCUCUGAUGCUCCCAUGAAGAUGAAGCGCUCAGGUUCGAAUGCCAAUAAACUGAUGCACCUACACAACAGUGAAGUUGGGAGACAGGUGCUGAAAGAGGCACUGGUGAUGAAGUGUAAAUGCCAUGGUGUGUCUGGAUCCUGCUCCAUAAGGACCUGCUGGAGAGGUCUGCAAGACCUGAGAGAAAUUGCCAUGGACCUGAAAACCAAGUACCUGUCUGCCACCAAAGUUGUUCACCGGCCCAUGGGGACACGCAAGCAGCUGGUACCCAAAGAUAUUGACAUCAGGCCGGUGAGGGAGAACGAGCUGGUCUACCUGCAGAGCUCCCCAGACUUCUGCACCAGGAAUGAAAAGCAGGGCUCUAUUGGCACACAGGACAGACAGUGCAACAAAACUUCCCUCGGCAGCGACAGUUGUGACCUGAUGUGCUGCGGCCGUGGCUACAACCCAUACACGGAGAGGCUGGUGGAGCGCUGCCACUGCAAGUACCACUGGUGCUGCUACGUAACCUGCAAGAAGUGUGAGCGAACCGUGGAGAAAUAUGUCUGCAAAUGAGUCCGAGCCCCUACUGGCCCCGCAACUUUGUACCUGGCCACCUGAGGCUACAGAUUAACCAAAGCACUACAAUACAGAGAAGCUUACUUUUGUUUUAAGCUUUAGCAUGCAUAUCUCAACGAGCAGUGGCCUAUUCUUGUGUCAGUACCAUUUUUGUAUCAAAUUUCCAAACAUCCAAUUGAGCUUCUAAGAUUUUUUGCUUCACAAUUGUGGAUGUGGAGAAUGUGGCGACACUGCCAGUCAGUUCGUGUGAAGACCGCCGUCCUCCUGGGUAUUUUAUUUUUCUUGUUAAUGAUUAUAAAUCCUCCCCAUCAGGGUUACUGAAAGUCUAUUUUAUUGUAUCUCUAAUAAAAAGAAAUAAUGUUGGAUUUUAUGCUGGAGGAGAGAGACUGUCUUCUCUCCUCACUAGACAAAGACUUUUGUUUGGCUUCAUUCUGCGGAAAUCGAGGGAUUAUCACGGAUCCACCCUUUUUUAGGUACUAUUAAAACUUUUUUUUUUCCUCUUCGGCAAUGGACAACGGAGGAAACAGGAGCGCAAAGGGAACUUCAAAUAAUUUUCAAUCAUGGAACUUUUUUGUGGUUGAUGUCUCGGACUCUCGACAUGUGUCCUGUGUGGAUCGUGACAUGGCUGCAUCCCCGUGGACAGAGAGAGGACAUUUAAGGACUUUGUGAAAUUGUGCAUUAUCUCCUUUUGUCUGACAUGCAGACAGAUCAAAAUAUAUUCUAUUUUUCAGAGCAUAUGAGCUGAACUCAUGGAUUUUGUAAACCACUUUUGUGUGGAUGUACAUACUGCUAUUUUGUAUACUGAAAUAAAGAAAGGAAAGUAUUUAUAAAAUAAUUAAAUGAUCUUUACCAUCA